AUGAAAUUUCGAGUGGCCGGUCGUCGUACUUCACUGCGAACGAUCAUCAUGCAGAUCACUCGAGAGUCUUUAGCCCGCCUGGAGCUGAUGACAAGGGAAGAACAUCGACUGAAAACCUUUGGAGAGUUUAAAUUGUGGCCAAAAUCCAAAGUCCCUAGCCCAAAAAAGUUGGCUGAGGCAGGAUUGUUUUGUUGUGGGAAUGAGGAAGAGCCAGAUCUAACUGCUUGCUAUGUCUGUUUGAAGAUGCUUGCUGGAUGGGAAAAAAAUGAUGAUCCAUGGCUUGAGCAUGGAAGGAACACAAACUGCUUAUUCAUUCAGAAGGGCAAGAAGGAAGCUGACAUGACUCUAGGCGACUUCAUGGAGUUGGAUUUUGCUGCUGCCGUGAAUCUAGUCGAUGACAGUAAAAAAUCACGGACGGUUGAUGUGACCCAUGAUGAUAUCGCGUAG